AUGGUACCUGUCAACCUUUCCCACAGACGGACGCAUAAUUUGCUCUUGAUAUCGAAACUCUUGAGCUCGCGGGACACGGCGUCGCCCCUUACCCUUGUCCAGGACUCGCUGGAGCAACCGGCUACGCCCCUCUAUAAAGAAUACAUAAGACGUGCCAAGCUGUCCAAAGUCCAUGUCACGCUUAUUGCCUUUGAAACCCUAAAACAACCAGAUGGGGUUGAUGCCUUUGUGUCAACUCGUCGCAAGGGCCCCGCCGAUAUUAUUAAGGAAGUCAGUGCAAUUGCAUAUGCCAACCCAUCGCGCAGGCGCCUUAUUCUGAUUGAUACAAUCAACCCACUAUUGAGCUCAAGAAGAGCUGACCCUAGCUUCCAUCUACCCUCUUUCCUGGGAGCAUUUAUUGCACCCACUUCUCCAACAGCGAAGAUUGACGCAUCACUCGUGGUGACAUAUCAUCAAGAUGUCCCCGAACCUCUACAGCAAAGUCCUUAUUCGCCGUCGCCGAUAUCUGUGUUGACGUAUCUUGCUACGAGCAUUAUCACUCUGCAUUCUUUCUCGCACAUCCUAGCACAGAAAGCUGCUCGAGACCGCAGCCUAGCGCCGCCAGUCUUCGGCCUGGAGGAAGAACAGGAAGGCGUUCUACUGGGCCGAUUGGACAAAUUGUCUGGGACUGGUGCCGCAGAGGGAAUCGUGAUUGAGCUGGAGCACAGGCGGAAGAGUGGUCGUGGUGUUUUGGAAUGGUAUCUUCUCCCGCCCGCCUCGCGCUAUUCGCCACAGCACCUGAAAGAAGUGGUGACCCUGCUCGAUGACAAUGUUUUGUACAAUCCUCCUAUGGAGCGACACAUUGGCGCCGAAGAUGAGGAACCUACGUCGACCUUUGAGCUGGGUCUUACUGACAGGCAAAGGCGCGAUAGAGAGGGUGUGGUGCUGCCAUACUUUGAUGCACAGCAAGGGAAUGGGCCUGGUGAAGGUGGUCGGAUUCUUUACGACAUGGGAGAAGAAGAUGACUUUGAUGAAGAAGAGGAUGAAAUCUAG